UUCGGGAAAUAAAGAAGUUUGACACAAGAUUCCACCAUGGACGAGAAAACUCUUGGGGACAUCAAAAUUCACGACCUGUACAUGAAGCCCAGCUCCGGGCUGGGCAUGCGGCGUCACAGUGAGGUACCGAAGGGGAUGGUGCUGCACGUCAAAUGGAGUCUGAACGGCGACAAGGAGAAGAAAGCCCUGGACAUCCCAGCAGACGUGCCUUCUACCAACAGUAAAGGGACAAUGGACGGAGCCAUUCAAUACUUGGAAGACUUGAUGACCAUGCGGCCGAAAAAAGGCAAAGCUUUCCCGUCUUUCCUGGUCGGACCUGAGGGAGAGAUCAUACACAGUUACGGCACUACGAGUGCCGGAUCAACUCAGAUGAGGGACAUUCUGAAGAAAGGCAUCUGGCUUUUGGGUCGGUUCCAAGAAGUGGGCGCCCAGAGGAGGGGAAGUGAGCCGCCAGAAAUCCCCAGUGCCAGCCUGAAAGCGAUGCAGAAAUUCACCUCAACUCCGGUGGUCUCUAUCUACCCUGUGAGAGAGUCGCAGUUGCUCAGCAGACCACAGAUGCGCCGGUUGCGAAGCUGGCUGCCAAAGAGGUUCCGGGUCUGCAAGCCGGUCACGCUUUUCAGUACCGUGGACGACGGGCACCUCCUGGCGACCAUGUACCAGAAGUGCAGGGGUCAGGCUGAACUCGUGCUCAUCAUCCGCACGCACAGAGAGGAGAGAUUCGGUGCCUACAUCCCCGGCACGCUCACAGCGGCUACAGCACAGACCAAACGGCGGUCGUGCUUCGGGAUGGAGGAGACCUUCCUCUUCUCCCUCAGCCCGGCGGCAGGGAAGUACCCGUGGGCGGGCAGACAGGGCAGCGACGACAUCGAGCCCGACAGGGACAUCGUCAUCUCAGCUACCAACAACAGGCUCAUCAUUGGGGGAGGAGGCAGAGAUGCCAUAUUCCUGGAUGGUGACAUGGAGGGAGGCUACUCCGGAUCCUCCGACACUUUCAAGAACCCGCCGCUCUGCAAGGGCAGCCACUUCCGCUGUCUGGACGUGGAGCUCUUGGGCUUCCAGUAUUAGGGGAAAACAUCUAUCAUAAAAUUGAAUCUAUUUAACGAAAUGGCAGGAGGAGGAGGAGGAGGAGAAAACGGAGAAGAAACACGAGGAAAAACAUUAUACUUCAGUGGUAUGGACUGACAUAUAAUAACACAUUUAUAACUAGAUUGCAGUAUUUGCAGAAGCAUGGACGGGCAGGCUUACGUGACAGACUAACUCUUCUCGGUGGAGAAUUGAAAUGCGCAAACAAGAUGGCGCCGGCAUGACGUCAUAAUCCAACAUGUCGGCGUCAAUGACUUCCCACAAAAACAGUACUGAUUUUUGCUAACUCAAAACUGUAACUAGCUACAUUUGUAAUUACCGUAAAACGACUCAAAAUUGUUCAUUAACACUGCUUGUAAGUCGCCGUAUAUAAUACUGUGAUGUAUUUUCAUACUUAUGGUUUUGUAUUUUGUACAUAUUGCCAAUGCUGCCUGUUGUUCCGGAAGUAUUUCAUCUUGUCAAUCCUAUUACAACAAACAAGGCUGCACGGCGGUUUCUUUUCGUUUAUUUCUGGCAACUUAAAGGUAUUCCUGGCAACUUAAAGGUAAAAGAGUGUAAUGUACUUGUACAUAGUAAGUAAGAUUGCUAAUACUCAGAAGUCCUAUAUGAAUACAUGUAUCAACCUUGAUUUGGUUUGAAAUAAAGAUCA